UAGUUUCUACUCAUCAGCGCACCAUAAAAGCAGCAAAAAGGAGAUAGAAGAUUUCUGUCUUGCAAAACAAAAUUGAACACGAUGGGGACGCAGCAGCUGUUUUUGGCGGCCUUGACGAUGAUAAUAAUCCUGCAGGCACGUCUGGCCACGUCGAGCCGGAGGAUGGUCGAUGUUAAAAACGAGCUGAGCCAAAAGAUUCUGAUAGCACACUGUGGAUCCAAGGACGAUGAUCUCGAAGCUCACGUCGUCCUCGUUGGCUCGAGUUUGCGUUGGAGGUUCGGGUCAGUUCGGGACACAUUGUAUUGGUGCAACAUGGCUGUGGAAGACAGACGUCUUUCCUUCACCGCAUAUGAUGGAAAUGACGUCCACAUUUCCCGUCACGAUGUUUCCUGGGCUGUGAGGGAUGAUGGAGCUCAUCUGUUGAAUCGGGAUGGUUCUGAAGAACAAUCCUACCGGCGUGAGUGGAGUAGGAAUAAUGGGUAACAACUUUUUUUUUUUUUUUUUUUUUCCGUUGAAGAUACUAGCUAAGUGUAAUGACCGACAAUUUUUAGAAGAGUGGUCAACUUAAAGUCAAAUUGAAAAUUAAGACCUUUCCAAAAUUUGUGAGAAAUUUGCCUCAUUUUGAGCCCAACCCAAACCUCAUAUUUAAUCCAUCAAGCCAAUAGCCCAAUUAUUGGAUUGGCCCAUUUUUGUUACUAGCCCUUUUCACCUUUGUCUUCGUCCAAGCAAAGGAAUGAGAGGAAGUAAGGGUGAUUGUACGGUCCGGUCCGGUUAAAUUGGACCAAAUUGAUUCGGUCGCAGUCUAGUCUUUUCGGAAAUAUAAGGACCAAAGAUUGGAUUGGAUACUGUCCGGUCUUGAUCCGGUCCGGUCUUGACCCAGUCCGGUCCCAAUUUUAUCUUGAUUUUAGGUGUUGGGGGUCUUAUCCAGUCUUUAUCCGAUUUUUUACCUCAAAUCUAAACCCGAAUAUGAGAUUGCAUUAUUUGCUAUCCGGUCCCAGUCCGAUCCCGAUCCGAGUUAUACGGUCCGGUUUCGGUAAAACCAAACAGUCUAGGACCAAAUAGCCAGCAUCAGGAGGAAGGUUUCCUACUGCCAACCUCUCCCUAUGAUAUUCUUGUUUUUCCCCUUCCUUUUAUAUGGGAGCCGCCCAGCCGGCCGCCACCAUGUCCAUAUCUUGUUUUUCCUAGGACGAAUUGUAGAGAGAUCAGGGAUUGUCUUUUAGUCUCCGGCGGAUCUCAGUCACCGGCGGAUAGAUGGUGGAGUGCGGCGGUGGAUGGACGGCCGGGAUAUAGUUCCACUGUCUCUUAACUUCUGCGUUUGUCUCUAGCCUUUAUUUUCAUUUCUUGAUCGUCUCUAUUUACAACUUAGAGUGCCUAAAUAUUUGGUUAGUGGUUCCGUUUGUUGGGAUUAGGGAGAAUGACGUACGUUUGGGUGUUCAGGAAAUGCAUUAGAUCAAGGUUGUCAACCCACGGGUCAGGUUUAGUUUACGGGUUGAUUUUAGGAUUUGGGAAUUAAUGUUAGUUGGCUAAAGUUAGUAUUUUGAGUUUCUUUUGAUUGAUUUGUAACUCGUGUCAGGUUUAGUUUAUAUUCAUUCGACUAAAUUAAUUUGAGCCUACUAUAUGAGUUGGAAUUCGAUCUUGAUUUCGUCAGGUGAGUAAUGGCCGUGACUUAUUACGUCAAAUUCGGUGAAUAUGGUUUUUGAUUUGAAAUUUUGAUGGUGUUUGGCUAUUUGAGUUGAAUUCUUUGGUACAAAUGAUUUUCAUUAAUACUGGUUUAUGAUGACGGGCUGUAGACUAAGGUACUAAGGGAUCUCGCAUGACAGUAAGUUAACGUAGGCUCAAUUUAAACCAAUUUAAUCAACAUAAUAACAUCGGCCUUAUUAAUAACAACCACUAUUUGAACACAAUCGUUAUGAUAUUAAUUUAUAUUUCUAUAGAUAAACAGGAGGACAUAUA